ACGCUCUGGUUGUUAAGGCGACUUGUCCCGCCUCCUGGGGACUGUUCUCCGCUCUGUGAUUGGCCUCUAGUAUCAAGGAAUCCCGGCGUGGGCCGCGCGAGGGAAAAGAUGGCGGCGAUGGCAGUCGGAGGUGCUGGUGGCAGCCGCGUGUCCAGCGGGAGGGACCUGAAUUGCGUCCCCGAAAUAGCUGACACACUGGGUGCUGUGGCCAAGCAGGGGUUUGAUUUCCUCUGCAUGCCUGUCUUCCACCCGCGUUUCAAGAGGGAGUUCAUUCAGGAACCUGCUAAGAAUCGGCCUGGCCCCCAGACACGAUCAGACCUACUGCUGUCAGGAAGGGACUGGAAUACGCUAAUUGUGGGAAAGCUUUCUCCAUGGAUUCAUCCAGACUCAAAAGUGGAGAAGAUCCGAAGGAACUCAGAGGCGGCUAUGUUACAGGAGCUGAAUUUUGGGGCAUAUCUGGGUCUUCCAGCUUUUCUAUUGCCUCUUAAUCAGGAAGAUAACACAAAUCUGGCUAGAGUUCUGACCAACCACAUCCACACUGGCCACCACUCUUCCAUGUUCUGGAUGAGGGUACCCUUGGUGGCCCCAGAGGACCUGAGAGAUGAUGUAAUUGAGAAUGCACCAACCACACACACAGAGGAGUACAGUGGAGAAGAGAAGACAUGGAUGUGGUGGCAUAACUUCCGGACUCUGUGUGACUAUAGCAAGAGAAUUGCAGUAGCUCUCGAAAUUGGAGCUGACCUUCCAUCUAAUCAUGUCAUUGACCGUUGGCUUGGAGAACCCAUCAAAGCAGCCAUUCUCCCCACCAGCAUUUUCCUAACCAACAAGAAGGGGUUUCCUGUUCUCUCUAAGGUGCAGCAGAGGCUGAUCUUCAGGCUCCUUAAGUUGGAAGUGCAGUUUAUCAUCACAGGAACUAACCACCACUCAGAGAAGGAGUUCUGCUCCUACCUCCAGUACUUGGAAUACUUAAGCCAAAAUCGCCCUCCACCCAAUGCUUAUGAACUCUUUGCCAAAGGCUAUGAAGACUAUCUGCAGUCCCCACUUCAGCCUCUGAUGGACAAUCUGGAAUCUCAGACAUACGAAGUGUUUGAAAAGGACCCCAUCAAAUACUCUCAAUAUCAGCAGGCUAUCUAUAAAUGUUUGCUAGACCGAGUACCAGAAGAAGAAAAGGAGACCAGUGUCCAGGUACUUAUGGUGCUGGGUGCAGGCCGGGGUCCUCUAGUGAAUGCGUCUCUCCGGGCAGCCAAACAGGCUGAGCGGCGGAUACGGCUGUAUGCCGUGGAGAAGAACCCCAAUGCUGUGGUGACGCUAGAGAACUGGCAGUUUGAAGAAUGGGGGAGCCAGGUGACAGUUGUCUCAUCAGACAUGCGGGAAUGGGUGGCUCCAGAGAAAGCAGACAUCAUUGUCAGUGAGCUUCUGGGCUCCUUUGCCGACAACGAGCUGUCACCUGAGUGUCUGGAUGGAGCACAGCACUUCCUGAAAGAUGAUGGUGUGAGCAUCCCUGGAGAAUAUACCUCCUUCCUGGCACCCAUUUCUUCCUCUAAGUUGUACAACGAGGUCCGUGCCUGUCGGGAAAAGGACCGUGACCCUGAGGCACAGUUUGAGAUGCCUUAUGUGGUUCGGCUGCACAACUUCCACCAGCUCUCUGCUCCUCAGCCCUGCUUUACCUUCAGCCAUCCCAACCGAGAUCCUAUGAUUGACAACAACCGCUACUGUACCUUGGAGUUUCCUGUGGAGGUGAACACGGUGCUUCAUGGCUUUGCAGGCUACUUUGAAACUGUGCUUUACCGGGACAUCACUCUGAGUAUCCGUCCAGAGACUCACUCUCCUGGGAUGUUCUCAUGGUUUCCCAUCUUCUUCCCCAUUAAGCAGCCCAUCACUGUGCACGAAGGCCAGAACAUCUGUGUGCGUUUCUGGCGAUGCAGCAAUUCUAAGAAGGUGUGGUACGAGUGGGCGGUGACAGCCCCAGUCUGUUCUUCUAUUCACAACCCUACCGGCCGCUCCUAUACCAUUGGCCUCUAGCCCUGCACACAGUGUCAGAGCUUUGGAAGCAGCUCUGAGUUCUCUUCCUACAGCACAGAAGGUGCAAAACAUCUACUGGUUCAGUUCAUCUGUGAGACCCUUACCUGCCAGCGAGGAACGAUCCAGUCUGCUUUCCUACUUCUCUCAUGGUGGCCAAGGGGUAGGCAUUCCAGGACUGCCAAGCAUGGUGGUGCAUACUUUUUAUCCCAGCACUCCAGAGGCAGAGGCAGGUGGAUCUCUUUAACUUCAAGGCUAGCUUGGUUUACCUAGAAGUUUCAGGCCACCUAGGGCUACAGUAGUGAGACCCUGUCUCCAAAAAGAAAAAACAAAAAAGAAAAAAAAAAGAAUUACAGGACAUAAGCCAGCAGCAAUCUUCAAAAGCCUCUGGCUAGGGCUGAGGACUCAGUGGCACUGAAUGACACGGCUUCGGCAGGUGCUCGGCCUCCAGAGCUUCCCAGGGGUCAGGAGAAAAAGCAAAGGCUUGUGCAAGAGCCCCGGGAAUGUGUGCAUGAACACUUGACUUGCAGCCUUCUCCUUGCCUUACUCUGUUGUUGUUUGGAUGGUUUUAUGUCAGAAGGAAACAAAUAAAGUGAAGUUACGGCCUCUGCUGCUUUACCCCA